AUGCCUCCAAAACCCACCUGGGAACGCAUGAAUCACGAUGAUUCGGAUGACUCUGCUAUUUAUAGUGAUUCUGAGAUUGUGAUCCCUGGCUCCUCUGCCUCAGCGACCACUCUCAGCUCUACUUUUACGUCGCCGCAUCAAUGCCUGGGCUGCAACCUCGGCUUCGCCAACCAGGCCGAUCUCCGCGCCCACAAGAAAGCGAAUUCCGAGACCCACGCCUACUGCAACCCCUGCGACCGUGACUUUGAUACCCCACUCGAGCUUAAAAUGCACGUAAUCAAGAGCCCCCGUCAUAUCGUCUGCUUGGACUGCUUUCGUGAAUUUGGCAGCAAGGGCGGGCUCGAAGGCCAUCGUAAGCAGAUGCACCGUGUCGCACAGAGAAUCAAAUGCCCGGGAUGCAACGCAUACUUUAACAAUGCCUCCGGCAUUGCGCAGCACAUCGAGAGCGACUUCUGCACUCGCGGGCUGGGAGCCGCGGCACUCACCCAGCGCAUCGUAGCAUCGCAUGAUCCCUCUUCGGCUGCCGCUGCCGCUGCAGAGCCGGGCGCGCCGAAGCCGGCAACGACAAGCACACAUGUGUGGCGUGAGGGCAUCGCGGGCGAGGGCGCGGCAGUCCAGGAGACUGAUAUGGGGCCUUCUGUCCUCGACUACACGGAUGGUGUUGGCCCUGAAGGGAAGGAGUUCACAUUGAAGGACAUGGGGCGCUAUUGGAGGGCCGAUGAGGGAUUUUUUGUGUGCAAUGUUGGGAAGUGUAGGAAGAGGUUCACGAAGGCGGGGCAGAUGCUCCAGCAUGCAAAGAGCACAGCACAUGCCAGGAAGGUUUUCCGCUGCCCGACUUGCUGCGAUAGGUUCAAGUCUUCAUCGGCACUCCUGCAGCAUAUCGAAUCUGCAAGCUGCGCCAUCGGGAGGUCUGAGCAGGCCACUGCUGCAACCAACAAGUUGACUGGAGGGCUACUUUUCUAG